UUUGAUCAACAAUAAUAGAACUAUCUCAAUUAAAACAGAUCAACCCAGAAAUAAAAAAGGGAUUAAUUCCCCCACUCUAAGUGGUGGUGGAUAGGGGUGGACAACUUUUUAGAAAUCUGUGAAUAUCCGUCUGACCCACAGUAACAGCUCACAUGCGGUCGGUUUUAAGACGGGUUUCGGGUAUUAAAUCGGUUUCUAUUGGUUUAUACCGGUUUAUAUCGGUUUGGUUGAGGCAGUCCAACCCAAAAAUAACAGAAUCCGACUGCAAUAACAUAUUCGAUUGGAAUUAGUGAAAACUCUAGCCAGUAUAUGAAUUCAAAACCCUAGCUGUCUCAUACCCUGCUCACUCCAUCUUCUCCACCAUUUCUCCCUCCGCCGUUCAUACCCAAUACCCAUUGCUCUGAAGAACGCCGCCAUUAUGUCGAAGUUACAUGUUCUCUUCUUUAUCUCACCUGCUUUGGAAUUUUAAACCUUAACUUAAAAAAUAUUUUCAAUUUUAAAUUUUAACUUAAAAAAUAUUUCCAAAUGUUUUUCCAGAUUUAUCUUCAAAAACAUUCUCUGAUAAAACAUCAACAACUACCACAAGCAAGGUAGAAGCAACUAAGAAAGCAAAAAAGAAUGGUCUCAGCUUUUUAAAUGGAUCACCCUUUAAACUGAACCGAAAAAUCUGUCCAACCCAUCAAAUCGUAAACCGACAAAAUCGAAAACUUAAGUGGUCGAAAUUGAAGGUUCAUUUUGGACCCGCGGUUUGGGUCGAAUUGAAUUUUUGGGCUCGAUUUCAAUUCAAUCCGACCGAUGUUCGGUCUAAGUGGUGGAGGAAAAUUUUACUUCCUACCCCUACAAUCAAAUUUUUUUGACGAAAUUAUCCACGUAUAAAUAGGUAAUUUUUUUUUCAUUUUCAACUUUUUACUGAUUUUGAACAAACACUCUCCCUUCUCUCCACGAAAUACACUCCGGAACCCUUCUGAAGACUCUUCCGGUUCACAAAAUCACCAAACCGGAACACAUUUGGUAAGUGAUUCGGUUUGCAAAAUUCUUCCCGGAACGCUUUUGGAAUAUGUUCCGGUGCAUUCGAUUUCAAACCGGAACCCAUUUUGAGACUCUUCCGGUUUGUUGCCUUGCAUACCGGAACGCUUUUGAAAGCUGUUCCGGUUCGUUUUCAUCCCCACCGGAAGCCUUUUGAGAACUGUUCCGGUUUAGCUCAGUUACAAACCGGAACCCUUUUUGGAACUGUUCCGGUUUGGUUUUUUUUUUUAAAUUUUUUUUAAAAUUUUUUUUCCAGGAAAAUGCGUACAUUAGGACCUGACAGGAGGCCACAUACCCGCCGCCGCCGCGACGAAGCUGGUCCCUCUAACCCACCUCAAGAGCCAGCACAGCCACCACCGGAGCCACCGCAGCCAGUUGGAUAUCCUGGUGGACCAUCAGAUCUAUCUUUACUUGUUCGUUACCAAGACCAUGUUGCUCGCCGUUUAUGGUACGGACAGGAAAGAGGCCCUAAAAAGGAGCUUAAAGUCGAUGGGCAUGGGACGAAGCUCCAGGAAAGAGUGCCUCAGAUGCUCCCACCUGAGAUUGAGGCUAUCGUGACUGGGUCAGGUCUGGCUUCUCUUCAGAGAACUAGCCUGACCAAGAUAGAUGUUAACCUCGUCUCAGCAUUUGUGGAGAGGUGGCAUGUUGAGACAUCGUCAUUUCACAUGCCAUUUGGUGAGAUGACGAUUACUUUGGAUGAUGUUGUCUGCCUGCUGCAUUUGCCUAUUGGGGGUAUGUUCUGGUAUCCUAAUGAGCACGUCACAGAGGAGGUGGCGGUUGAUCUUGGCUGCGAGUUAUUGGGAGUGGGUAGACGUGCCAUGGCUGAGCAUGUGCGUUCAUGCAGGGGAGCUUAUUACUCACUGCAGUGGUUGUACGACAGAUUUGUGGAGUACCGUGCUGCUGGUAGUUGGGCCUUCGCGACCAGGGCAUAUUUGACGAUGUUGGUAGGUUCUACCAUUUUUGCAGAUAAGAUAUUUACUUUGGUUGAGGCCCGGUAUUUGCCACUAUUUAGAGACCUACAUGGGCUCAGUCACUACAGUUGGGCAUCUGCUGCCCUGGUCACUCUUUAUCGUCACCUUGGUGAUACAUCUAUGUUUAGUUGCAAGCAGCUCGGUGGAUAUCCUACUUUGAUUCAGUGUUGGAUACAUGAGUACUUUCCUACACUGGGAAGGAAAGGAGAAAAUUGGCGGCCAUCUGAGAACCUUGGGCUUCCGCGGGCAAUGAGAUGGUCCUACAGGCAAGGAGCCAUCAAGGUGGAUGCGUAUAGACCGAUAUUGGACGAGCUGACACCUAUAGAUGUCAUAUGGCGCCCAUUUGAGGAUCAUAGACCUCAUCGAGCUUUUAACGAGCUAUCUCUGUACAGAGGUUUUCUCGUUUGGGGUGAGUUACAUGUGCUAUACUUACCUGACAGGUGUCUUCGGCAGUUUGGUUAUUGUCAGUAUAUUCCGCCUGCACCUCCUGCUGAUACGCUCAGCAAUGAUGAGAUUGCUGUGGAGUGUAUUGCUUAUGUCCAGAGCGUGACAGAUGUGAUUAGAGAUACACGGCUAGUGGGAUACCCUCAUGAGACGGUUGAUGGAUAUUUAGAGUGGUAUUACCGCGUUUCGCAUCCUCAGGUGGUGCCUCCCCCACCUAGUGCGCGUAGAGAGGUUGCAGUUCCUGUCUUUGAGGCAGGACCAGCUGAUCCGGAUUGGGCUCGUGCCUCCACAUUGGUUCACCGUUAUCUCUGGCAGGUAGAGGCAGAGGAGGAUGAUGUCACAUAUGCUGAUUUAUUUGAGGUGUUACGCAUCGCCCGUGAGCAUUGA